UGGAAUAUUAUUGGAUGAUUUGGAUCAACAACUUGAUCUGCUUUCUCCGUCACCGGCGCCCGAAGAAGAUUCUCUUUAAGAAAGCUUUUUCCGGCCAUGGCGGCUUACUCAUCAUCUUCCUGCUUUUUUCCCCUUAGAAAUGGGAUAAUUAUUUGUUUAUCUCUUGCUCUGUUCCUGUCAAGGGGAGUACUUACUCACGUCACAGGAUGCUACAACUCCAUCAUCAGUUUCGGAGAUUCUCUCGCCGACACCGGAAACCUCUUCCACAUGUCGGAAUCCGGCAACGGCGUCCCCUCCUCUGUGCCUCCCUACGGUGAAACUUUCUUCCGACACCCCACCGGUCGCUUCUCCGAUGGCCGUCUUAUUAUAGACUUCAUAGCAUUGAGUUUGGGGCUUCCAUUGGUGCAACCAUACUUCUCCGGCAAAGGCAUGGGAGAAAGGAAUUUUUUGAAAGGGGUGAACUUCGCCGUCGCCGGAGCUACGGCGGUGGAUUUCUCAUUUUAUCACGAGAGAGGAAUCUUCAGUGGAGUCACCAAUGUUUCUCUUGGAGAUGAACUAGGUUGGUUUAAGGAAAUGUUGCCAUCUUUUUGCGGCUCCCCUUCAGAAUGUAAGAAAUACCUGCAAAGCUCUCUAAUUCUGAUGGGAGAAAUUGGAGGCAAUGACUAUAAUGAUCCAUUCCUACAAGGCCAUUCCAUAGAAGAGAUUCAAUCUUUUGUCCCCAACGUUAUUGCAACCAUUGGUGCAGCCAUUAAUGAAUUGGUCGAACUUGGGGGUGAAACACUAGUAGUUCCAGGAGUUUUGCCGUUUGGAUGUUCACCUUCAUAUCUAUCUUUCUUUAUGAAUUCCACUACAAAUAAUGAUUAUGACGAAAAAACCGGUUGUAUUAAGUGGCUAAAUGAGUUUGCUGAGUACCAUAAUACACAACUUCAGAAAGAGCUUCAUCGUCUCAGGGAGCUUAAUCCUAAUACCACCAUAAUGUAUGCUGAUUAUUACCAUGCUGCAAUGGAAUUAUAUGGUUCUCCAAGCAAACACGGAUUGGAGCAGUCUCUAUCUGCAUGUUGUGGCACUGGAGGUCCAUACAAUUCUAGAGUGGACAUAACCUGUGGGUGUUCACCACCAAUUGUAUGUGAUAAGCCAUCAUCAUUUGUAAGCUGGGAUGGGGUGCACUUAACAGAAGCAGCAUACCAACAGAUAGCCAGUAUGAUACUGGAAGGUCCAUAUAUGACACCCCCCAUUAAUGAAGCUUGCCUUCUAAAACCUCUCAGUGAUGAAGUAUCAGACCAUUGACAUGUAAGGGCAAAUUGUGUUUGUGUUGGGCUGUGUACCACUUGGGCUUAAAUAGACACAUUCUACACUUUGUGUUUGUUGAAGAGGAAAUGCAAUUGUUAUACUCUG